CAGAUUCUUUUUUCUGAUUGGACAGUGGCGCUGCGUCAUAUGCGGUAGUAAUUUUAUGCAGUAAUGGCAGUAAUGGAGAAUGAAAAGCUGCGGGGGAGGAACGCUGCUCUGUCCAUAGCCGCUGUGGUCAUCAUUCUUGGCCUGCCGUUAUGGUGGAAAACAACAGAAACAUACCGCGCCUGGCUUCCCUACUCUCAAAUCUCCGAGCUCGACUCCUUACAGCUCCAGCUAAGCGUUGAGGUCGAGGUGGUGUUUUCCAGAGGAACCCUGAGUCCAGAGCAACAGAAGAAGGUUCCGCUCAGUCAGACUAGAGAGCAGGAGCACCAAAUAGACGCUAAAAAUGGGCUGCUAUACAAAUACGAAACCAAAUAUCGCACGGCUACGAUCAUGGAGGAAGACGCCUUAAAUCAGCCCACAGCUCGAGCGGCAGAUCAUUCUCUGCACAUGCUCAGUGAGAGCCCGUGUGGCUCUGUUGUUGUGUACAUCAUCCCCGAGUCCUCCACGUUGCUACCAGCUGAUGUAAAGGUAUACGUGGGGCAGUGGCGCACUGCCGUGCUGCGUGCUGCACCGCUUCCACCAGCUGGGAGUCUCAAAGAUGUGCUGUCCGCUCUGGAGCCUCAAGUCAGGCAGGUGAUUGACACGAUGUCCUUCAGUCACCAGGAGAUCAUGGGCACUCUGAGCGACCGCAUCCGCAUCAGCCAGGUCAGCAAGGAGAGCCUGGUCGAGAGCAUGAGGGCCAUCAAGUCCAGUCCAGGCUAUGAAAUCACGUUCAGCCUCUUAAACCCUGACCCCAAAUCCCACAGUCUGCACUGGAACAUCGAGGGAGCGGUUCAUAACUACAUUCAGCCACUUCUAAACAAACUCGCCCCCAUAGCCAACUUCUCUGUCGACUCGCAGAUCCUGUACUAUGCGAUGCUGGGGGUCAACCCUCGUUUUGACAGCGCCGCAUCAGCGUACACUCUCAACGCAGCCAGCCUGGCCCAUGUCAUCAACCCUGUAGAGGCCAGACUAGGCUCCAACGCUGCAUCUUCGUACCCGGUGCUGAACUUCCUGCUGUAUGUUCCUGAAGCUCAUCACUCUCCACUUUUUAUCAGGGACCACAGGAAGAAGGAUGUGCCUUCAAAUGCUUUUCACAGCCCCCGCUGGGGUGGGAUAAUGGUGUACAAUGUAAAUGACAUGUACGGACCCGAGGCGGAGUUUCCUGUCGAUAUUGACAUCAACAUGACCAAAGUUAUGAGCGUCUUCUUGGCACAGUUGAGGCAAUUAUUAGGAGUCCAGAAGACGCAAGCUCCUCCAGGUUUCAUUCUGCAGAGCCCAGGCAGUGCAGGAUUGGCCGACUGGGAGCUGGACCAGCUGAUGUGGAGUCGCAGUGUAGAGAACGUUGCUACAGCGACGACCACCAUCACCUCACUCGCUCAGCUCCUUGACCAGAUCAGCAACAUCGUCAUUAACGACAACAUCGCCCAGCAGGUGUCCAGCGCGGUGUCGUCACUGCAGGCUGCCACGGCUGAGCUGGAAGCCGGGAACCUGGCCUUCGCCCUGCAGUACAGCCGGGAGGCCAUACUGGCUUCGGAGAAAGCGUUUUUCGACCCCUCUCUUUUGCAUCUCUUGUAUUUUCCAGACGACCAAAAGUUCGCCAUUUACAUCCCUCUCUUCUUGCCUAUGUGUGUGCCCAUCGUGCUCUCGCUGCUCAAGAUCAUCAACGAGUUUAGACAGAAACGUGCCGAAAAACUCGCCAAAAAGGACUGAGAGAACACGACUGCACGCGCAGAACGCGUCGGUGCCUGUUGGUGAAAUGUCGGUUUCUAUGCACUGGUUUUUGCAUCAUACUGUAACUAAAGACAGUCUGUUGUGGAGAUUUAUACAGUCCUAUAUGAGGACUAUGUUUGUUUAAAGCGUGAAAGGUAUAACUGCUUUCGAAAUUACUUUUGUGUCUCCUUCUAAACUAAAGCAUUAAUAUGUUUUCAGGGUUUUUUUUUCUCCAUCCACUGAGAAGCGAUUUCACAUACACACAUGAAUUUUAAUUUUUUUGUUUGGCACAGGUUACAGCCUUAAAAACCACACAAAAUGGCCUGAGGCUAGCUCAAGAAGUUUGGGAAUUGGAGAAAUUAUGGAGGUUUUUCUUCGUUUUUCUCAACUUUGCAUGAGAAUUCUGUUAAAUUUGGUGUGCACCAAUUUUCUCACUCACAGUAUCUGCUUUUGUCAUUAUUUAGCACAGACAUAAUCCACUUCAUAUCCAUUUGUACUUGGAUGUACAAUGGACACAUUUUUGAAGACACCUUACCAUAAGAUUACUCCCUUUUAACAUUCUACAUUCAGUCCUCAUUUGCUGUUAUAAUGACCUCCACUCUUCUGGGAAGAUGUUCCACUGGAUUUUGGAGUGUGUUUGUGGGGAUUUGUGUUCAGUUCCUUCAGGAACUGAUGUAGGUGUUGUGACAAGGUCUGGGAUUCAGCCAGGGCUCCAAUUCUUUUCAAAGGUGUGCAGUAGGGUUUAAAGUUCUAUAGCAGGAGAUCUUCCACUCCAACCCGUGUAAAGCAUAUCUUCAGGGAGCCGGCUUUGUGCACAGGGGCAUUGUCAUGCUGGAACAGGUUUGGGUCCCCCAGUUCAAGUGAAGGGAAAAAUUCAUGCUACAGGUGUCCCAAUACUUUAGUUCAUAUAGUGUAAUCUGCAGUUCAAUUGCUGUGCCUUUUCAUUUGAAGCAGUGUUGAAGGAAUGUACCUACAUUUUUUUAAUUCAGCUGUCUAAGGCAUUGUGUAAUGAAUAUUUUGUCAGAAUUACUCAUUACAAUGUCUACUUUUGUAAUUUUCUUUACGUUCACGUCGUAACGAUAUACAUCAGGGCACCGACUAAUCACAAGCUCUCACUAAAGUGUGGAUGGAACAAUCUGGCUCAGUUAAACUGGAUUUAAGUCAAUAACUGUACAGUGUACCAGAAUGAUUUGUAUAUGAGAAGCUGAACUAAUGAUGGCCAAUUGUACGAUUCUUUUUGUUGCUGCUGUUGUUUUUUUUUUUUGUGUGUGUGUGUGUUCUAAAGAAAUUGUGAAACCGCAAAACAUUGAACAAACAGGUGGUGUAUUUUUUUAUAUUUAAAACGCUUUAAUUUGUACUAUGUUUUUUUUUUUUUUUCCUCACAAGACAUAGUUUUAUUUAAUUGAUUUAUUUUUUAUUUUAAUUAAAUUGGUCUUAUUGGAAAACCCAUUUCAUACCGGCUGUAAACUAACCCCUGAAUUCUAAGUCCUUGAAAUCGCA